AGCAUUGGUGGCCUGGGAAAUGACCUCAGACGUCCAUGUGUAACCUCCUGAUGUCCAGCGAGUGCCAGGGCGCAAGGGGGUGGGGCACGGCCAUACUAGUGCCAUCCGCAUGGCAGUCUUGCAAGCUGAGCCACAGACUCCUGGAUGGUCUCCACUGAGGGUCCCGGCUCCCGGCCAAACCCCAGCCAGACCACUGCACCUGCUAUUUCUUCAGCUCAGACUUCAGGCUGCCAGUCAUGUUGGACUGUUCACACGUGAGGGGCUCCGGCCCAGGGGCCAGUGACAUAGCUGUGUCCCGCUUCCUCCAGCAGCAGGCCUUGGGAGGCUUUACAGAAAGCUGUCUGAACCUGGUGCCCAGGGGUGAGGGUAUGGCUGAGCCCCUGACAACUCUCCUUGUGCAGGGUAGAGACGAUGCCCAAGCUACAGGGCUUCGAGUUCUGGAGCCGCACCCUGCGGGGGGCCCGCCACGUGGUGGCCCCCAUGGUGGACCAGAGUGAGCUGGCCUGGAGGCUGCUGAGCCGUCGCCACGGAGCACAGCUCUGCUACACUCCUAUGCUGCAUGCCCAGGUCUUCGUGCGAGAUGCCAACUACCGGGAGGAGAACCUCUACUGCGAGGUGUGCCCCGAGGACAGGCCUCUCAUCGUGCAGUUCUGUGCCAACGACCCCGAGGUGUUUGUGCGGGCUGCUCUCCUGGCUCAGGACUACUGCGACGCCAUCGACCUCAACUUGGGCUGCCCUCAGAUGAUUGCCAAGAGGGGCCACUACGGCGCCUUCUUGCAGGAGGAGUGGGACUUGCUUGAGAGAAUGAUCCUGCUGGCCCACGAGAAGUUGGCGGUUCCCAUUACCUGCAAAAUCCGCGUCUUCCCAGACAUUGACAAGACCGUGCGCUACGCCCAGAUGCUGGAGAAAGCCGGCUGCCAGCUACUGACAGUGCAUGGGCGCACCAAAGAGCAGAAGGGACCCUUGCCGGGUCCUGCCUCCUGGGACCAUAUCCGGGCGGUGCGGAAGGCUGUGAGCAUCCCCGUGUUUGCCAACGGGAACAUCCAGUGCUUGGGGGACGUGCAGCGCUGCCUGCAGGACACAGGGGCCCAGGGCGUCAUGAGCGCAGAGGGCAACCUGCACAACCCUGCGCUGUUCGAGGGCCGCAGCCCUGCCGUAUGGGAGCUGGCCGAGGAGUACCUGGAGCUGGUGCAUCAGCACCCCUGCCCCCUCUCCUACGUCCGCGCCCACCUCUUCAAGCUGUGGCACCACACGCUGCAGGUGCACCAGCAGUUCCGAGAGGAGCUGGCCAAGGCGAAGACCCUGGAGGAUGCCGCUGCGGUCAGCCGGGCACUUAGGCUGCGGUGCCAGGAGGACAUGGCCAAGCAGGAGGGGGAGAAGCCCGUGGACGGCCUGCCUCUCUUCCACUGGGUCUGCCAGCCCUACGUCCGGUCAGGGCCCAGGGAGGGAAGCAGGGAGCCCAGCGGGGCACGCAGCAAAAGGGCCCUGGAAGAGGAGGAGGAGGCAGGGGGCCGCCCGGAGCUGCUGUCCAAGAAGCAGCAGAAGAAGAAGUUGAGGAACCCUCACAAGACCUUCGACCCCUCCCUCAAGCCCAAGUACGCCACAUGUGAUCAGUGUGGAAACCCCAAGGGAAACCGGUGCGUGUUCAGCCUGUGCCGGGGCUGCUGCAAGAAGAGCGCCUUCAAAGCACUGGCGGACUGCCCAGGUCAUGGGCUGCUGUUCAAGACCAAAUUGGAGAAGUCCCUGGCCUGGAAGGGUGACAGGCCCCAGCUGCAGGAGCCGCCCCCGUCCGGGCCUGAGGAACCAGGCAGCUGCCCUGAAGUUGUGGGCAGUGGUGUGGCCUGAGACCGGCUGGUGCCAGGACACAGCCCCAAGCACACGCCUUUACUCAGGGAUCUCCUGCUAUUGAACGAGACAAGCUGACCGGAUGCCCCUUCCAGUGGGGCCUGGGGACAUUGGUGGGCAGCCCCGCCUGAGUGUGCUGGACGUGAAUAAUAAAGACUGCCAGUGCCACACAA